AUGUUGGAAAAUGAUUUAGAUGAUUCGGAGUUGAUGAAACAUAACGUGAAGAUGGAACAUGUCAAGUUUUUCCGAGAGUUUGUGCGUCAUCACCAAGUGGUUCCUUUGAACAAUACCUUGUUCUACGAGUUGAUCCAAGCAAACUAUAGGAUCAAUUACCUGAAGGACGUAGUGUUACCGCGGCAUUUGGACGAGUUUUCAAUCCAGCGAAUAAACUCCACACUCUUCUCUAAUAUGGCGGAGAUCAUGAACAUUAUCUUGAACGAAGAGAACAACUUUUUUGAACUCUUAAAGUCAAAGCUGUCAACCAAUUACAUGGCAGCGCUAUUUUUGAGAGAACUGCUCCUGGUAACUCGAUCCACAAACCUAAUCUCGCAAACUGACAGAAACUCACUCAUACUCAUGGUGCGUAACUAUCAACUAUUAAACGAGUUAACGGGGUACUUAGAUGGUAGCGCUCAAGCAAUUACCAUUUAUCGAGAAACACUUCUACCACUCAAUUUGCAGUCCAAUCAAUAUUAUCAUACAAUUAAACGCUUUCUCACCACUCAUAAUAACAAGGAUACUAUGGAUGUUAAUGGGGAUAGUGUGGAUACUAAUAAUGCUUCGGAUAAAGUGGAUGAGUAUGAUGGAUUUGACUUUAUUGAGAAUCUGGAAAAUGAUAACGAUGAUACUGGUGUAACGUUGGAUAGAGAUGAGUUAAGGCCUAAUUUGUUGUGUACUGGUAGACAUAAGUUGAUAGAACCAUUAAGUUUGGUGAUUGAGAUUUUUCACAUUUGCCAGGAAAUAUUCCCAGCCAUACUUCGUUCUGCAGUGUUCAUUGAUGCUGAGGUCAACAAGACGCCGAAACUGUUCCUGAGCCUGUGUGACAUUUUGCUUCGUGAGUCGAACGAGGGUUUACAGUCCCAAACGAGAGAAAUCAUAAGCCGACUCCUAGACCCUAAAAGCAUGGACCUACCAGACAAAGAUGAGGUUUGCAACCUGUUUUAUGACAAAGGGGUCUUAGACUAUUUAAUGUCAUAUCUUACGACAGGUUACCCUGAUAUGCCAGAUAAGAAGGAAGAAGUUGAUACCAAUAACAAUAUUAAUACUAUGGACACUAAUAAUAGUACAACUAGUAAUAAUACUGGUAAUAAUAAUAAUUUGGAAAAUAAGGAUGAAAAUGGUCUUAAUAAAGAUGGUGAAAGAAAGGAUAACAAGGAAGUAUUGAAGGAAACAGCGGUCCCCACCGUGACAAGUGAACUACGAGUAAACGCAAUACUUAAUAUAAUGGAACUAUUAUGCUUAUGCGCUAGGGAACAUAAGCACAGAUUUAAGCUAAGAAUCCUGUCCCAAAAAAUACCACUAAAGUUGAUCAAAUCUUCAAUGUGCCCAUAUGACAAAUUCCUAGUCAUUGGAUCAAUCAAAUUUAUCAAAGUUUGCAUACAAAUGAAGGUUCCAAUACUUAUUUAG